CCCUCCCUCUUUCUCCUCUGAGGCUGUGGAGUCGCCUCGCAGCAGCGAGCUGCGAGCGCCCAGCUCCCAGUCCCGGCUUGAACUGAACUGUGCAAGUGGCGGGUCCUGGAACCCCGGCCCGGGGGCGGCGAGCCCAGGUCUGAGCCCGGGCCCAGCGGCCAGCCGCCGAGAGGCCCUGGUUCGGGACCGAGCCCGGGCGCAGAGCGGGAGAGCCGGAGAGCCGGGCGGGCGGGCCGGCGCAGCGUCCCGGCGAGUCAGGGAGCAGGACCGCGGAAGGCAGGGAGACGGCCGCGAGCAGAGGGCAGAGGGCAGAGUGCAGAGAGAGGCCUGGCUCGGCGGAGGGCGCCGCCCGGCCGGAACCGAGCUCUCCGCCCGGGACGGCGGCCCGCGGUGGGGCGCGGACCCAGGGUGGCCACGAGUCCGGAGCGACUCCCCGGCCCACGGCGGGGGGCGUGCCUCCUCCCAGCCCGGCCGCCCCAGCCCCGCGCGCCGGUCAGCUGCGUCGCCGGGGCAUGUGAGCGGGAAGCCCAGGCUGCCAGCCGCGAGGACCCGUUCGGAGGAGGAGCAGGAGCGCGGAGCCCCGAGCCCGGCGCCUGGCCGAGUAGAUGUCCAUGAGGAGCCCUGGCUCUGCCCAGCUGGCCCUGGAUGGCGUUGGCACCAUGGUGAACUGCACCGUCAAGUCAGAAGGGAAGAGGGAGCUCUGCCACGAGGCCCUCCAGGCCUCAGCCGCCGCCGCCGAACCCCAGCCGGGAGACCCAGCCCGGGCUCCCCAGGAUGGUGCUGACUCCCAAGCUCCAGCCCAGGACUGCAGCUCCCCGGAGAGCAUUGGGUGUCUGGAACCCAAGAGACCAGGAGGUUCUGAGGCUGCUUCUGGAAGCCGGGAGAAGCUGGACUUCAACCAAAAUUUAAAAGAAGUCGUGCCAGCCAUCGAGAAGCUGCUGUCCAGUGACUGGAAGGAGAGGUUUCUGGGAAGGAGCUCUGUGGAAACCAAAGAUGUGAAAGGGACCCAGGAGAGCCUGGCAGAGAAAGAGCUCCAGCUCCUGGUCAUGAUCCACCAGCUGUCUACCCUGAGGGACCAGCUCCUGACGGCCCAUUCAGAACAGAAGAACAUGGCUGCCAUGCUGUUCGAGAAGCAGCAGCAGCAGAUGGAGCUGGCCCGGCAGCAGCAGGAGCAGAUCGCCAAGCAGCAGCAGCAGCUGAUUCAGCAACAACAUAAGAUCAACCUCCUCCAGCAACAGAUCCAGCAGGUCAACAUGCCUUACGUCAUGAUCCCGGCCUUCCCCCCAAGUCACCAACCUCUACCUGUCACCCCCGAUUCCCAGCUGGCCUUGCCCAUACAGCCCAUCCCCUGCAAACCAGCGGAGUACCCCCUGCAGUUGCUACACAGCCCCCCCGCCCCGGUGGUGAAGAGGCCCGGGGCCGUGGCUGCCCACCACCCCCUGCAGGAGCCCUCCCAGCCCCUGAACCUCACAGCCAAGCCCAAGGCCCCCGAGCUGCCCAAUGCUUCCAGCUCCCCCAGCCUGAAGAUGAACUGUGGACCCCGCCCCCCCAGCCAUGGGGCCCCCACACGGGACCUACAGUCCAGCCCGCCCAGUCUGCCAUUGGGCUUCCUCGGUGAAGGGGACGCUGUCACCAAAGCCAUUCAGGAUGCUCGACAGCUGCUGCAUGGCCACAGUGGGACCUUAGAGAGCUCCCCCAGUACCCCCUUCCGCAAGGACCUCAUCAGCCUGGACACGUCCCCAGCUAAGGAGCGGCUGGAGGAGAGUUGUGUGCACCCCCUCGAAGAAGCCAUGUUGGGCUGCGACAUGGAUGGCUCCCGCCACUUUCCUGAGUCCCGGAACAGCAGCCACAUCAAGAGGCCCAUGAAUGCCUUCAUGGUGUGGGCCAAAGAUGAGCGAAGGAAGAUCCUCCAAGCCUUCCCGGACAUGCACAACUCCAGCAUCAGCAAGAUCCUUGGCUCCCGCUGGAAGUCCAUGAGCAACCAGGAGAAGCAGCCCUACUACGAGGAGCAGGCGAGGCUGAGCCGGCAGCAUCUGGAAAAGUACCCGGACUAUAAGUACAAGCCUCGGCCCAAGCGCACCUGCAUCGUGGAGGGCAAGCGGCUGCGGGUGGGCGAAUACAAAGCCCUGAUGAGGACCCGGCGCCAGGACGCCCGCCAGAGCUACGUGACCCCCCCCCAGGCCGGCCAGCUGCAGAUGAGCUCCUCCGAUGUCCUGUACCCUCGGGUGGCAGGCGUGCCCCUGGCUCAACCCCUGGUGGAGCACUAUGUGCCCCGGAGCCUGGACCCCAACAUGCCUGUCAUCGUCAACACUUGCAGCCUCAGGGAGGAGGGUGAGGCCGCAGAAGACAGGCACUCGGUGGCUGACGGCGAGAUGUACCGGUACAGCGAGGACGAGGACUCGGAGGGCGAGGAGAAGAGCGACGGGGAGCUGGUGGUGCUUACAGACUGAUCCCGGCCCCAAGCCGAUGGGCACAGCCAGCCGGCCUGGACUACGUUGGUACUUGGACAUGCCCGGGAGACGGGCACAGCUGUGCACGUGUAGAUAGCCUCCUGAGGGGAGAUGCCCCACCACCUCCCCUGUGGCCGCACCCGAGGAGCUGCUGGCCGAGGUGGGCAGGACCCGUAGAGUGGCGAUGGGCCGAGCGCCGUGGCCCUUGGGGCUCGUGGCCAGCGGACACUGUGUGACCCUCCCUUCCUGCAGAUCUAUCACCCCCGGGGUAUGGCAGCUCCAGACCUGUCCUCCUGGGGCCACGCGCUUUGUUUCCAUUCUUGUCCUGGCUGGACCAGCCCCUGUAGGACCAACCCCCUCCCUCCCUCCCUCCCACGCCCCUCCUCACGCGCCCCACCCCACCUCGCCACCAGAUCGUUCCUCUAUCAUAGGAUCACUUUGUGCAGAAAGGUCUGGCUGUCCCUCGCUGUCUUUAUAUCUCCUGCCCAGCCUGUUGUGCCUCUGGCUGCUGGAAGUGUGUGCGUGUGUAUAUGUAGGUGUGUGCACAUGCUCGUGUGUGUAUUUCCAUCCGCUCAUUCAUUGCACAAGGUAUUUAUUGAGUGCCUGCUGUGUGCCAGGCACCGUUGCUGAGUUCCUGUGGGUGUCUCUCUCGAUGCCACCUCUUGCUUCUCUGGGGGCCUCUUCCUGUGCUUCAUUGUCCCCAAAUUGCUACCUCUUUGUCAGUCUGGGUGUCUCAGGUUCUGUGUGUCCUUGUGUUCCUGUCCUUGUUUCUCUGCAGGGCUGUUCUUCUGUCUCUGUCCCUUUCUUGGCCUCGGCCUCUGCCCCUUUUGACAUCGCUGGUCAGCCCCUGGGCCCACCAGCUGCCCUGACCUCUCCUGACCGUCCCUUCACUCCCUCCCCGACUCUGCCCUAGGGUGGGUUCCCACAGAGCCAUUUUUAGCUCCGAGCAAUGUGGGAAUGUGUUCAGCCUUCAAGGGCCUCUGUCUUGGUGCCCCAGUCCCUGGUCCCAACCUGAGUGCCAGGAGCUGGGGACAGGAGGAUUGAUGGAGAGUAGGGCUCCCCCCGUGGCAGCUGGUGAGUAGGGAGUGGGAGGGGGCUCCUCAUUCUUGGAAGGGGUCAGCGAGGGGAAGACUGCCUCUCCACCAGCCUUCUCCUCUCCGCUACUAACACUGGGGACCUCGCCUCAGCUCCUCCUGCUCACUUGGGACAGGUCAUUUCCCUAAGAAAAUCACAUCCCGCUGGCACCUGACUCCAAAGAUCCAGAACAGCCCUUGGAUCAGGGUGGGAAGGGAACCCCAAAUCCCACAGGGGCAGAUGUGGAUUCUGGGCCUGCCCCCCAUCUUCUCCCUACCCCCCCCCCUUUCCCUCCAGCCCAACUUCUCUCCAGGCUGUUUCUUUUUUUAUGACUGUAAACAUAGAUAGUGCUUUAUUUUGUUAAUAAUAAGAUGAUGAGUAACUUAACCAGCACAUUUCUCCUGUUUACACUUGGGGGAUUUUUUUGUUUUCUGUUGGCAUAAUAAAGACAGACCAUUUCAGAA